AAGACAUAGUGUGGCAAAUAUGUUUAGAUCAAAUGCUCGUGAGUUGGAUGUUGCUUAUCGCACUCGUUUGACGGCUUCAUUGGAUGUGACUCGUUUUCUAUUGAAGCAAGGAUUGCCUUUUCGUGGAUAUGAUGAGUCGACUACUUCUUUAAAUCGAGGUAAUUUUCUUGAGUUGCUUCAAUGGCAUAGUGAUCAUAAUGAUGUUGUUUCCAAAGUUUUGGGUUCAAAUGCUCCUGGUAAUAAUCAAAUGAAUUCCCCACAAAUUCAAAAAGAUUUAGCACGUGCUUGUGCUUCAGAGGUUACACUUGCUAUAAUCAAUGAUAUUGGGGAUAAAGUGUUUACCAUGUUGGUUGAUGAGGCUCGAGAUGUUUCAUUGAAAGAGCAAAUGGGAGUUGUUUUAAGAUAUGUGAAUGAUAAAUGAUGUGUAGUUGAAAGAUUUAUUGGAAUUGUGCAUGUUGUUGACACUUGUUCACAUUCUUUGAAAGAUGCUCUUAGUGCUUUAUUUGUGAAACAUGGUUUAUCACUAUCAAAAUUGAGGGGUCAAGGAUAUGAUGGAGCUUCAAACAUGAGAGGUGAGUUCAAUGGGUUGAAAGCCUUAAUAUUGGAAGAAAAUCCUUAUGCUAUGUACAUUCAUUGCUUUUCACAUCAACUUCAGUUAAUUGUUGUUGCUGUUGCUAAGAGUAACAUGGCUGUGAAGGACUUUUUUAGCUAUGUUUCCAUGAUAGUGAAUACGACUGGAGCAUCUUGCAAAAGAAAAGAUCAACUUAGACAGUUAGAACAUGAGAGAUUGGUUAAAGAACUCAAUGAUGAAGUAAGGAUGACUGGAAGAGGCCUAAAUCAGGAAACUAGUUUGGCAAGACCUGGAGAUACUCGAUGGGGAUCACAUUAUUUUACUUUGCUUCGUUUAUGUGCUAUGUGGCCUUCAGUUGAGAAAGUGUUGGAGAAUAUACGUGAUGAUACCACUAGCUCUGAGGUUAGAAGUACUACAAGAGGUUUGCUUGGAAAGAUGAAUAAUUAUGAGUUUGUCUUUGUGAUGCACUUGAUGAAAUAUUUGUUAGGAAUGACAAAUGAGUUGUCAUUUGCCUUACAAAUAAAGGAUCAAAAUAUUGUGCAAGCCAUGUCUCUGAUUGAUACAGUGAAAGCUCAAUUACAUGACUUUAGAAACACUGGUUGGGAGAUAGUUUGUGAUGAAGUAAAUAGUUUUUGUGAGGUGAAUGCCAUUUCUUUGAUUGAUAUGGAGGACACUAUAACUCGACCUGGUUAUAAGAGGCAGAGCAUCACCAAUGAUCAUUAUUAUCGUGUGGAGAUUUUUACUGAGGUUGUUGAUUUAAUCAUACAAGAGAUGAAUAAUCGUUUUUCUGAAGCUAGCACCAAUCUACUUAGGUGCAUGGCAUGUCUUGAUCCGAGAAAUUCUUUCUCUCAAUUCGACAUUAAUCAACUCAUGCGUUUCACUACUUGGUAUCCUGAAGACUUCUCGACAGGUGAUUGUUUAUGUCUUCAACAACAACUCCGUAAUUUCUUAGCAUCUGUGCGCCACAAUCCUCGCUUUUCUACGACCACUGAUUUGGAAAGUUUUGCUCAAGAAAUGGUUCAAAGUGGCAAUCAUUUAAUUUUUCAAUUGGUUUAUCGAAUGAUUGAGUUGACAUUGGUUUUACCUGUUGCCACUGCUUCUGUUGAGAGAGCAUUUUCUGCAAUGAAAAUUGUCAAAAGUGAUUUGCGAAAUCGUAUGCAGGACGAGUGGAUGAAUGACAGUUUGAUCGUGUACAUUGAAAAGGAUAUUUUCUCAACGAUUGAUAACGAGAAGAUAUUGCAACGUUUUCAAUCGAUGAGUACUCGUCGCAAUCAGUUGUCAUCGCUUUCUCAAACAGAAACAAGUAGCUCACCAAGUAUUUAUUCUUAGGUUAUUUGUAAUGUAUUGAAACUUUUUUAGUUAUGUUAUUUGAAAUGUAUUAGAACUAUAUUAUCUAUGAAAAUGUCGUUAUUAUUAUUAUUAUA